AUGUUGAAAGGUCGCCGGACGAAUUUAAUGAUAGCUGUGAUAAUGCUUUUGGUAGUAGUAACUCCAUCAGUUGAAAGUGCUUAUGCUCAAUGGAUUCAAGCGAAAAUAAUAAAUAGAAGUCCUAACGCAGUUGUGAUAAAAAAUGGACAAUUAAAAUGGGGUAAAUGGUAUGAUAAUGGAGGAAAUAAAGACCAAGUAGUACAAGCACCAAAUGUAACCGUUAAUGCACAUUCGGCAAAGAUUGCAUUCUCGUCUAGUGGUCGAAGUUGGUCUGCUUCUGGUACACAAGGUUCCGUUGAACUUUGGUCACAGAGUGUGAAGAUUGGUACUUUUGUAUGGGAUUGUCCGUGGGGAAGCAAAACGAACAGUUAUGACAUAACAGACAAAGGAGCAGAUUAUGUAAUUAGCGUAGAUGGUGGAAGCCGUUACGGUGGGGCAAUUGGCAUUGUUUCGAUUACAGUAGCCUAUGUUCCUGUUAAUAGCUAA